AUGCAGCGCCGACUGCUAGCAAUCGUCCUUUUGGCUGCGGCGCAGGAACAGACCUGCGAGAACCUCUUGACAUGCCAGCCAUAUGGCAACCCCAAUGAGGAGGGGGCAUUCAUGCAAGUGCGCGUCGCCGACGAGUCGCAGAUGGCUGCAGCCAUGGCAAGCUCCGAAGAGGACCUGAAACCCGAGGAGGGGGCUGCUCUCGCUGGCCUGGGCAACGAGGAGCUUGCCAAGGAGGUGCAGAGGAUGGCGGGGGCCGACAGCAGCUGUUUGACGGACUAUCCGGGUCUCACGGACCUGGCCGAGGCGUUGCGCAGCAGCUUGGGUGAAGGCUCCAACUCCUCCCUGGCGAAAGCGCUGCGAAGUCUUGAGGAGAUCCUCAGAUCCCACCAGCGCGACGUGGAGCUCGUUCAGGGGCUCGGUCAGAAGGAGUUCCUGGCCUGCAAUGCAAAGCUGCGCGAGAGGACCCGGCUCGAAGUCCAAAGGCUCUUCGCUCUUUCCAGGCAGCCCCGGUCGGAAUGCGGAUCAAGGCCCUGUCCGAGUGAAGUUCGCGAGUCGUUUUGCGCCGGCACGAGCAUCGCAUGCGGCACGACGGACUGCUCGAGGGCUGGCGGAGAGCCCUGCGAGAACUGGACCAUUGGGAGCACAUCUGGUGAUCCAGCAUCAAGCACCGAGAGGACUCAAGGCUGUGACGCCCGGACGCAGCUUGUUCAAGGCCUCUGCGAUCAUUUCGCGUCCGUGAGGUCCUCGUGCGACCGCCUCUCAGCCUGCUGGGCGGCCGCAGAACUCCACGUUCGUGAGACGGUAGAAGCGGUGCAGCUCAGAGUCUCCAGAAGGAAAGCAGCGUAUACUGCAACACAGCGGAUGAUAUGCCACAUCAACAUCAUUUCAGAAGUGGCCACCCUUGCUGCACCUUCCGCAGAACCGCUGACGGCGUCCAUAAAGGACUGUGCUGAACUGAGGGUGGACACCUCCAUACUCAACAUUACAUUUCCGCAAGACAGAACCGAGAAGGCAUCGUGCGACCAGACUUCUUGUUUUUUGAGCGCCGCUAGCCUCUUCACCAUGUCCUGUGACGUGGGUGUCUGCAGAGCUGUUGCAGCAAGCAGAGCCCGUGAUCAGCUCCUGGAAAUCCAGUCAUCAGAGGUUUCUGAAGCAGCUCAGAGUGAGCGGGAAGGCCGGUGUUGGUUUUCCACCAGCUCCUCGGAACCUGUGUUACGGGACUGUCCCAAGGAUUGCUUCGAGAUGCCGCAGGCUGAAACGACCCAAGCCCCUUCUUACAGCUACGGCCAGAGCUACUAUGCGGGCCGGAAUGCGGGCUGGAAUGCGGGCUGGAGGUGGCGGUGGAGACGGCGGCGGCAUUGGCAGCCUUACCGGCCUUACCGCUAG